AUGGUAAAGUUCAAUGGUCUAACUGACCCAGACGAUCAUGUUCGAGUAUUUACAAGCGUUGGUGUUAUGGGAGGACAGAACAUGCCAAUGUGGUGCCAUCUGUUUAUCAAGACCUUCACAGGGGCUGCUCACGCCUGGUUCGACAGCCUUUCGCCUGGAAAGAUCACGUCAUGGGUCGACUUCAGAACCCAAUUUGUAAAUCAUUUCAGCCAGCAAAGACGUUAUCAGUGCGACACAGCUAAGGUAACAGACAUCUGGCGCAGAGACAACGAGGGGCUAGAAGAUUUCAUCACUAGCUUCAACAAGGAAUGUUUAGAGAUUGGUGGUGUUAAUGAACAAUUGAUGCGCGCUCACUUCAAGAAAGCCAUUCGAUGUGAUAGUCUCAUCAGGACUAUCACAGGAAAAGACGGUAUGCCCAAGGAAUGGGACAAACUCAUGGAGGCCGCGAAGAUAGUAGCGCAAACCGAAGAAUCGUUGGCCGGUACCAAAAACUCUUACACUGAAGAUCGUUUUUCCAAGGGAAGCUCGCGCGAUAACAACAGGCGGAACAAAAACAGAAACCCUGGGUGGAAAGCAAACCAGUCCAGCAGUUAUGAUGAAAGGCCUCGCUUUAAAGAAGACGUGCGAGACACAAUCGAUCGCAUCGGUUAUCGAAAGGCAGUCAGGAACGAGAAUCGAGAAAAACACUGGACUCCGCUCAUUAGGACACCGAAAGAGGUGCUCAUGAAGGAGAACCAUGACUUCAAGGCACCAAAGCCUAUGACAAACAAGAAGGGGCAAGAUCCAAACCUGUACUGCAAUUUUCACAAGGAUACAGGUCAUCUGACGGAUGAUUGUAUCAGUCUAAGGUAA